AAUCGUUAUAAUUUUUACUAAUAUAUAAUGAAAGAUAUUUAAGCUCAAAGAGGUGCAUUGGAAGACGCGCAUAAGAAAGUGAAAAUGAUAAAAAAAAAAAAAAAAAAAAAAAACAGAGGGAGUGUAGUAUAACUUUGAAUUAACAAAUUAAUAUUAGUUUCAAGAAAUGAAAUCCCCAAAUCUCCACCCACCUCCUCUUGCAAAUAAUAUGAAUCUUACAUUCCAAAAGAAAUCAAAAAAAUUCUCUAAUCAAAAUUUCAACAUCAAACAUUAUUCCUUAUAUCUCCACACCGCGUAUUCCGAUUGAAGAAUACCAAAAUCUUUCCUCAAUCUCUAAGAUUUUGUUACAUGUCCACUAUAAAACGAAGACUGUUGUUUACCUUUUCAUACUAACAUUACCAAAAUUAGGGUUUGGUGCAUCCUCUCAUUAUUUUCAUUUCUACAUCAAUUAUCAGAUCUGAAGAAUCUGCAACUCAACAAUGGAGAACAAUGGCAUAGGCAUAUACGGCACUAUAGUCGAGGCAAUAAAAAACUACACAGGACUAUCUCCAUUAUCGUUGACAAUAAUAACAGUGUUAACAAUAAUAACAUACAAGAUAGUUUGCACCAUGUUUGUAGCAGUGAAUGAUUACAAAGAAGUUGAAGAAAUGAAGGAAAUAUACGAGCAAGAUAUGAAAAGGGAGCCUGUACAACUAGGUGAAGUGACAGAAGAAGAACUCAGAAAAUACGAUGGGUCUGACUUAAAGAAGCCAUUGUUAAUGGCAAUAAAAGGACAGAUCUUUGAUGUGUCAAGAGGAAGAAUGUUUUAUGGCCGAGAUGGACCUUACUCUAUGUUUGCUGGAAGAGAUGCUACUAGGGCUUUGGCUCUUAUGUCUUUUGAUGUCCAAGAUCUUACUGGCAAUAUUGAUGGUCUUAGUGAAUCUGAGCUUGAUGUUUUACAAGAUUGGGAACUUAAGUUCCUUGAGAAGUACCCAAAGGUUGGGGUGCUUGUCUAUAAGGAGAACUCGGCCGAGGCCGAGACUGAGACUGAUGAGCUCCUAGAAACUAAGAAAGCUGUAUAGGAUUAUAUAGGAUUGGAGAAAUUGAUGGUUAUUGAAGUUCUGUUUUUGUUUUCCUUUUUGAUCAAUGGUGUAUUACUUGUGUUUGGUCUAUAUGACUAUAUCAAUUAGCAUUUCAGUAGUAUUAAUUGAGUAGCUUUGAUGAUAGAAUGAUUGUCUUUGAUAUCUUCUAGUUUCUAGUAUAUAUUGGGAUCAAUUAAUGUUGAACUGAUUAGUGCAAGUUUGUAACCAACUGGGUGUUAUUACUUACAGUAGGAAAAUGCUUAUUGAGAAUAUAUAUAGUCUUAUAAAUCGUCUGUUUAA